CGUCACCUCCCGUCGCAUGGCGCGCGCUGGUUCAGUCAAGCUGCUCUAGUGUGUCAGACUGCAGGAGACUAGAAAAGAGCUGCAUAAUUUGUUAAAACGCCUUUAAAAGUUCACACAACGGACUGUUUAUCAUAACACAUCCUGUCAUGUCUGUGGAGGGGAGUCUGUUUGACUGUGAAGAUCCAGCUGUAUGGAGAGGGAUUCAUGGAAAAUACUGGACUGUGAUUGAAGCAAAAUCAGCUGUGAAGGGCAAGACUUCUGGAAAGCUCUUGCAGCUGGACAAAUGGUUUCAGGAGGAGCUGCCCGCAGCGAUCUCGGCUCGAUCUCAGCGUUCCCUCAAACAUGCUGAGCUCGUCAAGAUCAUGGAGUGGAAACUGACUAAAGGGAAGUUCAGGCCACGUCUGCAGCAGCUCAUUGGCUCGAACAGCGAGGAGGCGGUUCAGAGCUCGACCAGCAAAGCAUUCGGUUUGUUGCCCGAUGUCCAGGCGGCAAUUACAGAGCUGUGCAAACUCAAAGGUGUCGGGCCAGCAACGGCAUCAGCCGUGUUGGCAGCCGGAGCUCCAGGUGAGGUGGCCUUCAUGGCUGAUGAAGCUGUGGAGAGCAUCGCCGAGCUCAGACCGGUCGAGUACACAGCCAAACAUUAUGCACUUUUCCUCCAGAAAAUGCUACAUAAAUCAUCCCAGCUUAAUAAAGUGGACGGCCAGCAGGACUGGACUCCUCACAGGGUGGAGCAGUGUUUAUGGGCUUGGGCGGUGGCCAAUCAGAUUCAGCCCUCUUUAAUACAGGAAUUCAAUCUGAUGGAUGCAACACACACAGUGACCAAUCAGAAGCCAGAGAAGAGGAAGACAGCUGAUGAAAAGCCAUCGAAGAGACUGAAGACUACACGAUCUUAAAGUCAGUUUGUGCACUUCUCUGCAUUUGCCUUAGUGUUGACAUGCAAUAUUGUCAAUAUAUUCCUUUGCAAAAGUAUCUUUUUUUGAGAGAGACAACAUUUUACAGUUUCUCUUCUGAAUUUGUUAUUGUUUAUGUAUAGAUGUUUUAAUAAAGCAAUAAAAACUUUGUAAAAAUUAAAAAAAUUUAA